AUGCGGCUCAUCCCACACGUUUUCUCGCUGAUGGCGCUUACGGUCACGCUCUGCCACCUGUUGCUGUUGCAAGGCGCGCAAGCAGCUCAUCGAGAGCAUCAAAGGCUACACCGUCGACAGUCGCAAUACCAAUACAUCGCAGAUGAACAGGACCCACUCAAAGCAGCAGCCGACAUUCAGCAGAUGGAAGGUGUCCCCAACAGCAGCUCGGAACCCAAACCAGACUGGCUCAUCAUCAAGGACGAUGGCAGUAAUGGCAAUCCUCCCUGGCUUUCUCAGGUGCCUUUCGUCGCAACACCCCAGGCCAACACAAUUACCCUCGCGAGUGGUAAGUCGGGAUGGCAAAAUGUACCGGACAUGGAAGGCUUCACUCUGAACCGCACUUGGAAGGUGCUUCCCGAUCUCAACAUGCCCGUGUACAUCUCCUCCAAUUAUCAGCCAGGACAGGACAACAGCCGUAUUCAGCGUGCCAUCAUCACCAUGCCAGGAAAACCUCGCGACUCGUGGAAGUACGCCAAUCUCUUCCGAAACGCCCUGACCAUUGUCGCAUCUAACGCAUCGAACGGCAUCUCUGCCGACCAGGUCAUGAUCGUUGGACCCGUCUUUCUCAAUUCCGACGACAAGGAAGCCGGCGGCGUCAAAGAUGGUGAACUGUACUGGCAUGGAUCGCAGUGGCAGUCAGGUCAGCAUGUGCGCAACGAACCCAAGGUCAAGCUCAGCUCGUACCACAUCCUCGACAACAUCACCGACUGGAUCUUUACAUCUGGCGAGUUUCCGUCGAUCAAGCAAGUCGUCUUUGGCGGUCACUCGAUGGGUGCACAGGCCGUGCAACGAUACGCUGUGCUGAAGAAGACAAAGGCGUACGAUCCAAACAUUCACUUCUGGCUCGGAAAUCCCGGUUCUUGGGCCUGGCUCGACGAUCAACGUCCGUAUCAGAACGACUCUUGCACUGGCUGGAACAGCUGGGGUUACGGCAUUGGCAAUGUUUCCAGCGUCAUCAGAUACGCCCGAAGAGAUGUCAAUGCAAGCAGAGAGGCGGUUGUCGAGCGCUUUCGUUCGCGCAAAGUGCACUACGCUGUCGGACUUGCCGAUACCGGAGCUGGUGACACGCAUUGUCAAGCCAAGACGCAGGGAGGAAGCCAUUUGGACCGCGGUUCACAAUUUGUCCUCACUCUUGGCAGAUUAGGCGGUUUCCCAUCCAGCCAAACAUUUGAUGUCAUCGCUGGAACUUCGCAUCAGGAUUACCCAAUGAUUCGAGCAGACAAGUCAGUGCAGCGUAUCUUCCUCAGCGACUUCAACACGAGCUUCCCGCUGCUGACCAACACCACCAACCCAGGCGACCACGAGCACAAGCACCACAAUUCGACACACCAUGACCCCGAACAUCCCAAGUUGAAGAUGUUCUCCACUCCCAAGCAUCGGAUCAUUGCCUCGGGUCUGUUAGGUGGGUCGGUGGUCACCGUGAUUCUCUUCUUUACCAUCUUGCCGUUCAUCUUUAGCAAUAACUACGACGAGACUGGAUACCAGGUUGAGAUGUCGAGUCGGCGAAGGCUCUUGUCGUAG